AUGGCACCAACUCCUGGCGGCGCCUUGAGGAGCAUCCUCUGCAGGCAUCUCCUCUUGUCUCUCCUGGUUCUGUGUUUCUUUUGUGAUGCUUGUAAGAAAGUUGCUCUUAAAGUUCCUUCUCAUCUUAAGGCUGACACACUUGUAGGCAGAGUUAAUUUGGAGGAGUGUUUCAAGUCAGCUGACCUCAUCAUUUCAAGUGAUCCUGACUUCAGAAUUCUAGAAGAUGGUUCAGUAUAUACAACAAAGAACAUUAAAUUGUCUUCUGAGAAAAGGAUCUUUUCCAUUUUGCUCUCAGACUCUCAGAAAAAGGAAGAAAAAAAUAUAGAGAUUUCCCUGUUAGCACCAGAAAAAAAGAUGCCUAUGAAAAGACAUUCAAAAGACAAAGGUCUUAAGAGAACCAAAAGAAGAUGGGCUCCAAUUCCAUGUUCAAUAAUGGAAAACUCUUUAGGUCCAUUUCCACAACAAAUUCAACAGAUCCAGUCUGAUUCUGCACAAAACUAUACCAUCUACUAUUCUAUAAGUGGACCUGGAGUAGACAAGGAGCCAUUCAAUUUGUUCUACAUAGAUAGAGACAGAGGGGAUAUCUUUUGUACACGCGCUGUAGACCGGGAGACAUAUGACAGUUUUCAGAUAACUGGUUAUGCAACAACACCAGAUGGUUACUCAACAGAUCUGCCACUUCCUCUUCUGAUCAAAGUUGAAGAUGACAAUGAUAAUCCCCCAGUUUUUGAAAAUAUUGUUACGUUUACUGUGAUUGAAAAUUGCAGAGUAGGUACUCCAGUGGGAAAGGUAGUGGCCACAGACAGGGAUGAGCCUGACACACUACAUACUAAUCUGAGAUAUACCAUUUUGAAGCAGAUUCCAGAACACCCAAAGCAUUUUGCAAUCCAUCCAGAGACGGGUGUGAUAUCUGCCAUAUUACCACCUGACAGAGAAGCAUGUCCUUCAUAUGCAAUGAUUGUGGAAGCACGAGAUAUGGCUGGGCAGAGUUUUGGUUUAUCAGCUACAACCACACUGACCAUUCAUAUUCAAGAUGAAAAUGACAAUGCUCCAUCUUUCAAAAAAACUUCUUAUGUGACGGAGGUAGAAGAAAACAGAAUAAAUGUAGAAAUUCUGCGCAUGGACAUAGAGGACAAGGAUUUACCUAACACUCCUCAUUCAAGAGCAAAAUAUAUUAUCCUAAGAGGAAAUGAAAAUGGACAGUUCAAAAUCACCACUGAUCCCAAAACAAAUUCAGGAGUCUUAUGCGUAGUCAAGCCACUGGAUUAUGAAGCCAAUCACCAAGUUAUUUUACAAGUUGGAGUAGUUAAUGAUUCUGAAUUCUCUAAAGGAACAAACAACAGAGGUGUCACAACUUGCACUACUGUUGUCACUGUCAAUGUCAAAAAUGCUGAUGAGGGACCUGAAUGCCAGCCUCCAGUCACAGUUAUCGAGUCUCAAGAUGGUAUGCCGGCUGGGAAAGAAAUCUUGGGAUAUAAAGCACGGGACCCAGAAACUUCCAAUAGUGAAGGCUUGACGUAUAAGAUGUUACAAGAUGAAGAUCAUUGGUUUGAAAUGGAUAAAAACACAGGGAACUUGAAAACAACUAAAACCCUGGACAGAGAGUCAGAAUUUGUAAAAAACAACCAAUAUAACAUCACAGUGCUUGCAGUAGACAAAAUUGGCAGAUCUUGUACUGGGACACUGGUGAUCCGUCUGGAAGAUAUAAAUGACCAUCCACCUGUAAUUAAGGAAAAUGUGACAAUUUGCCGUCAUGGGGAUGAAAGCGCUGUAAUAGAAGCUUUCGAUCGUGAUGGGCCAACAAAUGGUCCACCUUUCGACUUUCAGUUGGAUAAUUUAGCUAGUAGACAUUGGAUACUUAGGAGAAAAAGUGGUACAACUGCAAUAAUUCAGCCCCAGGAAGGUCUCAAGAGUGAUUAUUAUUCAGUCCCCAUUAGAAUAAAUGAUCGACAUGGCAAUGGUCAAGUGACUCACUUAAAAGUCAGAUUGUGUGAUUGUACUUUACCAAGCGAUUGUAAGAUGAACCCUCAUAGUCAGGUGAGAGAUAUAUCACCUCCAAAUAUACAUCUUGGAAGGUGGGCGAUCCUUUCAAUGGUGCUGGGCUCUGCAAUGCUGUUAUGUUCCCUCUUUGCCUGCUUCUGUGUUACCACUCAGAAGCCAGUACAAAAAUGCUUUCCAGAAGAUAUAGCUCAACAGAAUUUAAUAGUAUCAAACACAGAAGCCCCAGGAGAAGAAGUGACGGAAGCAAAUAUUAGACUUCCCACACAAACUACAAACAUUUGUGAGCCAAUUAUCUCUGUUGGGACACUUGGUGGACAAGGAACCAAAACUGGUGGACAGCAAAGUUUUGAGAUGGUCAAAGGAGGUUAUACUUUAGAAUCAACUAAAAGUGGAGGACAUCAAACACUGGAAUCAUACAAAGGAUCAGGACAGGGGUUGGGGGAUAAUGGAAGAUAUGCCUAUACUGACUGGCACAGUUUUACACAACCACGUCUUGGUGAAAAGGUGUAUCUCUGUGGACAGGAUGAAGAGCACAAGCAUUCUAAAGACUAUGUCCUUUCAUAUAACUAUGAAGGAAAAGGAUCUGUAGCUGGCUCUGUAGGCUGUUGCAGUGAUCGUCAGGAUGAAGAGGGACUUGAGUUUUUAGAUCAUCUGGAACCCAAAUUUAGGACAUUAGCAAAGACAUGCAUAAAUAAAUAA